AUGCGGAAGGAGAAGUCCCUACCCACUCCUCCCCCGAAAGAUGGCUACACCCCGGCCGAGAACCAGAACGGGUACUUCGACUCCGAGAUGGGUGCCGGCUCAGGCGCCGGUCUCGGCCGGAAGACCAGUCUCAUGAAGAAGGUUCGAGGCGUGGUCAAGGGCGGUGGGCCCUCCAAUUCCUUGUAA